AUGAUAAUAAUCGAACCUCACCCAUACAGUUUGGGAGAUAAUCAACUAGGUGAGGACCAGGAGAGUGGAGACGCUCUUGCGCUAGUCGCAGCCCAAGCUGAGCUGCAACGGCCACAGCCCACAGGCCACUGGGGUCUUCGAGCCAGUCACACAGUCAGUGGUUGGACUGGUCGAAGAUCCUCCGGACUCGAAGAGAUAUUUCGUUUCAAAGGUCUCUGGCCUCUGGCCUCUGCCGAAGGUAAGGAAUAUAAAUAUAAAUAUUCACUCCAAAUUCAAUACAUCCUGGUUGUCCAUCUCCUGUACCCCAAAGGGCAGGAUGGAAGCACAUAG